AUGGGGGAGGAGAAUUGCACUAUUUUGACAGAGUUCAUUCUUCUUGGAUUAACAGAUGUUCCUGAGCUGAGAGUCUUUCUUUUCAUAGUGUUCCUUCUCAUAUAUGGAGUGACAGUUUUGGGAAAUGUGGGGAUGAUUGCUCUGAUCCAGGUCAGCUCUCGGCUUCACACUCCCAUGUACUUUUUCCUCAGCCAUCUGUCCUUUAUAGAUUAUUGCUAUUCCACAAUCAUUGUGCCAAAGAUGCUAGCUAAUAUUGUAAACGAAGACAAAGCCAUCUCCUUCCUGGGAUGCAUGUUGCAGUUUUACUUAUUUUGUGUUUAUGCAAUCAGUGAAGUGUUCCUGCUGGCUGUGAUGGCCUAUGACCGCUUUGUGGCCAUCUGUAACCCACUGCUCUACAUGGUCACCAUGUCCCGGGAUCUCUGUGUGAAGCUGGUGUCUUGCUGCUACCUUGGUGGGACUAUGAGUUCUCUGAUUCACUUGUGUUUAGCUCUUGAGAUCACAUCCUACAGAUCAAAUGUGAUGAACCAUUUCUUUUGUGAUCUUCCCCCUCUCUUAUCUCUUGCUUGCUCUGAUGUCUCAAUGAAUGAACUGCUGCUAUACAUUGUGGCCUCACUGAAUGAGGUCACCACCAUUGUGAUCAUCCUCACCUCCUAUUUGUUUAUUCUCAUCACCAUCCUCAGGAUGCGUUCUGCAGAGGGAAGACGCAAAGCCUUUUCCACCUGUGCCUCCCACCUCACAGCCAUUGUUGUUUUCCACAGUACAAUCCUUUUCACUUAUUUCCGCCCCAGUACUGGCAAUAGCACAGGUAAUGUCGAGGUGGCCACAGUGUUCUACACAGUAGUGAUUCCCAUGCUGAACCCCCUGAUAUAUAGUCUAAGGAACAAGGAUGUGAAAGAAGCUCUCAAAAAAGUUGUGAGUUCCAAAAUAGUUUCCUGGAGAAUAUUUUCUUAG